GUGCUGAAUGAACAGCUCCUCUCUCAUCCUCAUAAAACUGCCGGAGAGCUCCGCGGCUCCGGCAGAGCGUUACAGCCAUGAUCCGACCGAGCCACGUGUCCACCGGCCCCGCGCUGACCCUCCAACUGCGCCCCUAACGCACACAAACUCCACCAUGAAGAGGCAAAACGUGCGGACCCUCGCCCUUAUCAUCUGCACCUUCACCUAUCUGAUCGUCGGCGCCGCGAUCUUCGACGUGCUGGAGUCCCAGGAGGAGAUGACCCAGAAGCAGAGGCUGGACAACAAUAAAAAGGACUUGCUCCGGAUUUUCAACCUGUCCUCGGAGGACUUCCACCAGUUGGAAAAGGUGGUGCUGCAGCUGAAGCCGCACAAAGCCGGUGUGCAGUGGAAAUUCGCCGGCUCCUUUUACUUCGCCAUCACCGUGAUCACGACCAUAGGAUAUGGCCAUGCAGCCCCCAGCACAGAUGGAGGGAAGGUUUUCUGCAUGCUCUAUGCUCUCCUGGGCAUCCCGCUCACUUUGGUGAUGUUCCAGAGUGUAGGUGAGCGCAUCAACACUUUUGUCAGGUACCUCCUUCACCGCCUGAAGAGGUGCCUUGGAAUGAGGCACACUGAGGUUUCCAUGGCCAACAUGGUGACCAUUGGUUUUAUAUCCUGCAUGAGCACACUGUGUGUGGGGGCACUGGCCUUCUCCCACUUUGAAAAAUGGACUUUCUUUCAUGCGUACUACUACUGCUUCAUCACCCUCACCACCAUUGGCUUUGGGGACUAUGUGGCUCUGCAGAAAGAUCAAGCUCUGCAGACCAAGCCAGAUUAUGUGGCCUUCAGCUUCAUCUACAUCCUGACGGGCCUGGCGGUGAUAGGAGCCUUUCUCAACCUAGCAGUGCUGAGAUUUAUGACCAUGAAUGCCGAGGACGAGAAGCGGGAUGCCGAGCAGAGGGCUCUUCUCGCCCACAAUGGACAGGCAGGUGGGCACAUCAACUGCUCUGUAGACCCAGCCUCCCCCUCCUUCACGCCGCCCGGCUGCGGCGGAGGGAGCUCGGUGGGAGGGAGCGGUGGGGGAGCCGCGAGCCGGGGCCUGCGCAACGUUUAUGCCGAGGUGCUCCACUUCCAGUCCAUGUGCUCGUGUCUUUGGUACAAGAGCAGAGAGAAGCUGCAGUACUCCAUACCCAUGAUCAUCCCACGUGACCUCUCCACCUCAGACACCUACAUGGAGCAGGGGGAGGCUUUUUACAACCCUCUCCACUCUAAUGGCUGCAUAUGCAGCAUGCACCACUCGGGCAUCAGCUCGGUGUCCACUGGCUUACACAGCAUUAACACCUACAGGAGACUCAAUAAACGCAGAAGCUCCAUCUAACAACCAGAGGGACUUUAGUUCAAUAAAGGAGGACCUUCUUAUUCUGGUGUAAGGAACAAUGGAUGUCAGUUUCAGUGCUGAAGAGAUUCAACACCCCAACCGUUAGCUAAAUCCUACAGCUCCAGACUUUUCUGUUCUUUUCUUUUCAAAGCAAAACCCAUUCAGCACCAACACUGUUCUUGUAGCCUCAGAAAUCAUGCUAACGGCUGUCUAAAGAGCAUUUGCUCUUAGCAAUAUCUUUAUUUUGAACUCAGCAUUUAGAAAAAACCCCAGUAAGAAAACAGAAACGAUCACUGUAAGACAUGUUUUUAAAGACUGAUUGGAGUGUUUUAACGGUUUUUGUCCUGUCAAUGGAAUAGGUCAGAUUUUUUAAAACUGAGGUUCUGCAGAAAGCGUUAUAAUUGGCUUAGAGAAAUACUUUAAUUCUGACUAGAUUAACAAGGAAACGCAGGAUGGUUGCUGUUUUAAACAACUCUUUUAAAAUAUCAUAGUAGCUCAUGAGAACAAUUUUAUUAACCUUUCAGAUUCCGAGCAGCUUCACAUCACAAUCAUUUGAUCAUAAAUGCUAACAUCUUCCUGCUGGAAGUGCUCCAGCUACACUGGAAGUGCUAAAGCUCGCUGCUACUGUUUGUGCUGCAAAUAUCCAUUGAGUUCUAUGUAAAUAAUCACAUGCAACACUGAUGGCAAUGCAUUGAUGUAUAAAUCAGUAUUUGCAUGAACUGCUAUGAAAUGUUUGAAGCUUUUAUUUUGAAAUCGCUGCAAAUCUACUUUCGUCUUUUGCCUCACUUAAAAAAAUCUGACCUAUUGUUUUAGGAAAGAAUGUAGAAACUUAGUCCCAUAUUUUCAUAAAAAACUUUUCAAAAUGAAUCUUUAAUUGCUUGUAGCAUACUUGAAUGAGUGAAAUUUUAAUCUGUAUGUAUCUUUGAAUGGGUCAUUUUAAGCUGUUAUUGAUGAAAAGCCUAUUUUUUUCAGUGAAAGUCUCCCAAAAAAGCAUCUUGGUAUCUUUUCUGCAUCUGUUUUAGGUCUAAGCCAAACUUUCUGAUAUGCGUUACAUUUUUUCACAGUUCUGAUGAAGAAUAUUAGUUUUCCUGACCUGAACAGUUGCACGUUUUGAUCUGACGAGGAUCGGAUCUGCAAGUGUCUUCAAGGCCUCCUCGCCACCCUUUCAGACCUCAUUACAAAUAGCUAUGAAUUUAUUUUUCAUAGUAUUCUUUUGUGCAUUAAUCUGUUUCAUGUAAAUCAUAUAACUCAACUAUAAUCUGAGAGUUUAAAUGGGAGCGUGUGUGCUCAUGUGUAUUGUAGAAAGGCAUAUCGUAUUCACUGCUGCACCUUAGAGGACUGUCGUGCUUUCAGACACUGGGACUCAGUGCACAAAGUUGUUUUAUUUUAUUUUGUAAAGGAAUCACUGAUCUGUUGUGUAAAAGAUGAACCCAAAAUGAUUCUCAUUUGUGUUAGAAGUCACAAGUGUUUGACUUGAAGGCCGUGUUGUUGAUGUAGAAGUUACAGUUCACCUAACCAUUAAAACAGCGUCAGAUUUUGCACGUCUUGCACUUACGUACGAGGAGAAAGGGGGUCGUUGCAUUGACCCCAUCAAAACACACUUGACUCAGCCAACUGAGGUCUUUAUGCAGUGUCUGUUUUAUUAUCUUCUGGAGGAAUUUACAUUUUCUCUUAAUCAAUUGUAUUUUUGUUGUUUAUCUUUCAAUCCAGUUUAUUUGAAUUUAUUUUGAAUGUUGAUGAUGCCUGCUGUUCAGUGUGUCUCAUAACUGAACCGUUCUAUGUGAUCAUGCAUUUACAUGUUUCUUUGACUAUAUUAAAAUAUUAUUUCAUGUGAAACAAA